AGUUCCCUCUAGAGGAUGGAAAAAGCCAACGAGAGUUCUCUGAUUGGUUUUGUCCUUCUAGGAUUCUCAGACCACCCUCGCCUAGAGGCUGUGCUCUUUGUAAUUGUCCUUUUGUUCUAUCUCCUGACCCUUGUGGGAAAUAUCACCAUUAUCAUCUCAUAUCUGGAUCCUCCUCUUCAUACCCCUAUGUACUUCUUCCUCAGCAACCUCUCCUUUCUGGACAUCUGCUUCACUACUAGCCUUGCACCUCAGACCCUAGUUCACCUGCGAGGACCAGAGAAAACCAUCACUUACGGUGGCUGUGUAGUACAACUCUAUAUUUCUCUAGCACUGGGCUCAACCGAGUGUAUCCUCCUGGUUGUGAUGGCCUUGGAUCGCUAUGUUGCUGUUUGCAAACCUCUUCACUAUGUGGUCAUCAUGAACCCACGGCUAUGCCAGCAGCUGGCAUUUAUCUCCUGGUUCAGUGGCUUGGCCAAUUCCUUGAUUCAUGCAACCUUUACUUUGCAGUUGCCCUUUUGUGGCAACCACAGGCUGGAUCAUUUUAUUUGUGAAGUACCAGCUCUCCUUAAGUUGGCUUGUGUGGAUACCACCAUCAAUGAGCUGGUCCUUUUUGUUGUUAGUAUCCUGUUUCUCCUAAUCCCCCCAGCAUUCAUCCUUAUCUCCUAUGGCUUCAUAACUCAAGCAGUGCUGAGGCUCAAAUCAGUGGAGGCAAGGCGCAAAGCCUUCAGCACCUGCUCCUCCCACCUUACAGUGGUGAUCAUUUUCUAUGGCACCAUAAUUUACAUGUACCUGCAACCAAGCAACAGUUAUGCUCAGGACCAAGGCAAGUUCAUCUCACUUUUCUAUACCAUGGUGACCCCCACCUUAAAUCCUAUUAUUUAUACUUUAAGAAACAAGGAUGUGAAAGAUGCUCUGAAGAAACUUCUCACAGGAAAACUGUGCUCUCUACAGACAUGAAGUGC